AUGUUUGUGCUUCAUGAAUCCCAGAAGCUGCAGAUUCUCUAUGAAUCCCUGGAAAAGAGCAUCCCUGAGUCCUUGAAGGUAUAUGGUGCUGUUUUCAACAUUAAAAAUAAAAACCCAUUCAACAUGGAGGUGCUGGUGGAUGCCUGGCCAGAUUAUCAGAUAGUCAUUACUCGGCCUCAGAGAGAGGAGAUGAAGGACGAACUGGAUCAUUAUACCAACACUUACCAAAUCUUCACCAAAGCUCCUGACAAGUUAGAGGAAGUCCUGGCAUGCCCCCAGGUUAUCAAUUGGGACCAAGCCUUCCAGAUCCAAGGUUGCCAAGAGAACUUGCGGGAGGCAAUAAGAAAGAUUUCAGUUUCAAAAUCAGUGCAGGUGGAUUACACAAAGACCACACUCAUUAUGACACAAAUGCCAAUGGAACCCAGUGAUGACCAGGUGGAUGUGAUGGAGUCAUUUAAAAUGCCCAAAGUGGAUGACAAUACCGAGAAAGAGAACUUUCAGAACAUCUUCUUAGAUCCUUCCCAUGCAGGGCUUGUGAAUGAGCAGUGGACAUUUGGGAAAAAUGAUAGGAGCUUGAAAUACAUUGAACGCUGCCUCCAGAAUUUUCCAGGAUUCGGUGUGCUGGGUCCAGAGGGGUGCCUUAUCUCUUGGGUUGUAAUGGAACAGUCCUGUGAGAUGAGAAUGGGCUACACUGUCCCCAAAUACCGAAAUCAUGGCUAUAUGAAGAAAAUCGGUAUUCACCUUAUGAAGUAUUUUAUUCAGAAAAAAAUGCCAUUUUAUUUUCAUGUGUCAGAAUAUAAAGAAUACCAUCAGGCACCGAGGGAUAUGAAGUUUAAGGUUGCUCCUUGUGGUUGGCAUCAGUGGAAAUGCACUCCUGAGAAAUAUUGUUGA